UUGUUUUACUAAUAUGGCUCUAAGCUCCGCCCAGAUAUCCCAACUGCUUUGUUACAUAUCUUUCAUUUGUUUUAAUUGCUCAUUGUUACACAUUCCUCAGGAGAUUUUAAGAUUUUUAAAACAAUUGCAUUUUAUUGAAUCUAAUCACAGACGUUUUUACCAGUUAACAAACUUACGUUCUACAUAUUAAUAUUUCAGGGCGACGCAUGUGUCGUGCACACCGCUAUAUAAACACACUAUGAUUGGACAGGCUAGAUGAGGCUCUGUAUGGGGGAUAUUACUUCUUCUGGCUUCUUGAGUCAUUGAAUUCACUCUUAAAGAAAUGUCUCAGAAUUGCUGGAAAAGAGUGACGCCUCUCAUAGUCCUAUUGGCAGUACUAAUGGUGAUCAUCAACUUCAUAGUAUACAGGUUUGUAAGUGUUAUCAUAGUUGCCAACUCGAAAUCCACAAGUGUGGUAGUAGUCGCUGACUUUGAGCAGAAGUCUCAUUCAAAGUUGAAACCUCCAAUGAAUUUAAGUGGAACCAAUGAAACAAAACUAAAAACAAUUCGUGGAUUAACUACGUCUAUGACAGACCAAUCAAUAGCUCCAACCCAGGAAUCCGUCAAAGUUCAGAAAGACGACCCUAUUCAAAGUCACAGUUUUCUAUAUAAAAUAGUUCCAAAAAUUGAUUGCUCUAGCUCUAAGCUGGUCAUCUGCGCCGUGGGCAGUAGAGCCAAUAACAAGACAAGGCAGACUAUCAGACAGACCUGGGGAAGCUAUGCUAAUGUCAGCAGCAACAACUCAACGUUGAUUUUCUUUCUUGGUUCUGAACAUCCAUCAACCAACGGUUCUCAAUCUGUGCAACAUUUUAUUAAUAAAGAAGCAGAGCUUUAUGGAGACAUACUUCAAGAAGAUUAUGUUGAUCAUUAUAACAACUUAAGUCUUAAAUCUGUUUCAAUUCUCAAAUGGGUCAGUUUAAAAUGUCCAGAAAGUCAAUUUCUUCUUAAAGUUGACGAUGAUAUGUACAUCAAUGUCCCAGUGCUGAUAAAGUCCUUGGAUGACAUUUCCAAGUCUAAAGGGAAGGAUUAUCCAUUUGUCGUUGGUCACGUGUUUCAGGGUGCUCGUCCAAUCAGAAGCACCAGCUCAAAAUGGUACACGCCGGUAACAGUUUUUAACGAGACUGUCUAUCCCAAAUACACUUCCGGAACGUCAUACGCCAUGACCACUUCUGCUGCCAAACUUCUGUAUAAGGCAUCUCUAGAAGUUCCUGUCUUUUGGUUGGAGGAUGUCUACGUCACUGGUCUCUGUGCUAGAAAAGCCAAUGUCGAGGUCAUUCACAAUAAUUUAUUCUACUUUGAUAAACGAGAAGCAUCAGGGUGUUCAUUUCAGAACCAAAUCUCAGGUCACAGGUACACAGCCACGGAGAUAGAGCGUAUUCAUAAAGAACUUUACCACAACACAACCAAAUGUAACUAGAUAUUAUUUAAUUGGGAAAAAUAGUUCUUGUUUCUCAAUUAUGCGCUUUUGUGAGACAAUAUUCGUACUUCAACAAGAACAAAACCAUGUUACAUUCAAAGCUUUAUUACACUGUAUGACAAACAACUACACACGAAGUAGAGAUCACAGCACGAAAUAGGGUCAGUACACAGUCUAACAAAUGUAAACAAACACUAGGGGCGACAAUGGAUGGCUGCCUGGUCGUGAGGUUUGCGCGCUGGACUGUCGUUCGGAUUUAUCGAUGAUCGAGGGUUCAAAUCCUGCCCGCUCCCAUCCCCCGUCGUCCUGCGGGAGGUUUGGACUAGGAAGUAAACUAUCUUCAACUCUGAAGGAACAUCCGAAACAUGUAAAACAUUUUACAAACAAAACAUUUUACAAACAAUCAAAUCAACAAAUUCACGACAAGCGUUCUGUUCCUAGAACUACACUACUUCCCUUCGAGUCAGUAGACUCAAAGGAAGAGCAGUAUUUCAUGUGGCUUCUCAGCUGUAACCUACGUGCUUGGCCACAUCCAGGAUAAUUCUAGCCUUAGAUCUGUUUGUGGUGUACGCUCGUCUUCGGCAAAAUGAGUAUCCCGCUGCCUUAAUAAGGGCCGUCGAGCUGUAUCUUUCUGAAGGCACCUACCGUCAGCAGAUCUCUUCUAUGCUAGACUGUAAGUUGAGACACUCUGAGAAGGUCUUUCAAGCGUUGGAGAGCGGCAUCUCUGUUUUUCUUCUGUGUCCAAAACAUUAGGUAUUACAAAAAGAUGGAUAGAUUGAGACGCCCAGAACGCAUUGAAUUUACUAAAUCAACAAAGUAUAAUCAUUUCUUAACCUGCAUGUAUAAAGCAUGUCCUAGAGCUAAAUGAUCAACGAGGGGCGUGGUUUCAUAAUCCAGGAAAUCUGCACAUAGACUAUGCUUAAUGAACAAUUCAAUAUGACGAAUAUGAAAUUAUGCAACUGUCGAACUGUUAUAUCGAAUUAACUUAUUUAAGUUAGACAAAUUCAUGUUUACUUUAAUAUGCCAAAGAUUUGCACCUCAUUACUUCUGAUUGUGAUGUAUUGUCCACUGCAUAAAUACUUAUAAGGAAACUGCAUCAAAGCCCAGAUAUGAAAAAAAAUAUAUAUGUUGUUAUUCACUUGUUUUAAUGCAUUUUGUUUGAGCAAUUUAAUUAAUUAACAAUAUGAAAUGUUUUGAGCUGUUGAAUUGUUAUUCAUUACACACUUUUUUAGUCACUAGCCGUUUAGUGCACCACUUACUUUCUUUGACUUAGUCACUUGCCGUUUAGUGCACUACUUACUUUCUAUGACCUAGUCAUUAGCCGUUUAGUGCAUCACUUACUUUCUAUGACUUAGUCACUAGCCGUUUAGUGCACCACUUACUUUCUAUGACUUAGUCACUAGCCGUUUAGUGCUCCACUUACUUUCUAUAACUUAGUCACUAGCCGUUUCGUGCACUAAUUACUUUCUAUGACUUAGUCAAUAGUCGAUUAGUGCACCAAUUGGUUUCUAUGACUUUGUCAUUAGCCGUUUAGUGCAUCACUUACUUUCUAUGACUUAGUCACUAGCCGUUUAGUCCACCAAUUAGUUUCUAUGUCAUAGUCACAAGCCGUUUAGUGCAUCACUUACUUUCUAUGAGUUAGUCACUAGCCGUUUAGUGCACCACUUACUUUCUAUAACUUAGUCACUAGCCAUUUAGUGCAUCAAUUGGUUUCUAUGUCAUAGUCACAAGCCGUUUAGUGCAUCACUUACUUUCUAUGAGUUAGUCACUAGCCGUUUAGUGCACCAUUUUCUUUCUUUGACUUAGUCACUUGCCGUUUAGUGCACUACUUACUUUCUAUGACCUAGUCACUAGCCGUUUAGUGCACCACUUUCUUUCUUUGACUUAGUCACUUGCCGUUUAGUGCACUACUUAAUUUCUAUGACCUAGUCACUAGCCGUUUAGUGCUCCACUUACUUUCUAUAACUUAGUCACUAGCCGUUUCGUGCACUAAUUACUUUCUAUGACUUAGUCACUAGUCGUUUAGUGCACCAAUUGGUUUCUAUGACUUUGUCAUUAGCCGUUUAGUGCAUCACUUACUUUCUAUGAGUUAGUCACUAGCCGUUUAGUGCACUACUUACUUUCUAUAACUUAGUCACUAGCCAUUUAGUGCACCAAUUGGUUUCUAUGUCAUAGUCACAAGCCGUUUAGUGCAUCACUUACUUUCUAUGAGUUAGUCACUAGCCGUUUCGUGCACCAAUUACUUUCUAUGACUUAGUCACUAGUCGUUUACUGCACCAAUUGGUUUCUAUGACUUUGUCACUAGCCGAUUAGUGCACCACUUACUUUCCAUGACUUAGUCACUAAUCGUUUAGUCUACCAAUUAGUUGAUAUGUCAUUGUUACUAGCCGUUUAGUGCGCCUAAUAGUUUUUAUAGCUUAGUCACUAGCCGACUAACGCACCAUUGGUUGCUAUGACUAAAUAGCGCAUAGUCUAACUUUCAAUUUUAACUACAAUAUAACUAGAGUCAAUGAAGUCUAUUAUGAAAUAGGAAAGCCUCCUUUAAUAUCACAAAACUGUUUAGUUUUAAAAUAUGCAAAGAUGAAAAAAUGCAUUCACUGAAAGCCUCAAGGACGAAGCAAAUGUCCGUCAUUCUGCUCCCAAUAUAAUUAUUUGGUUUAUAUCAACUCACUCUGUCUGUCAGUCUGACCAAAAGUUUGUACACGUUAUUCCUACUUCACCCAAUCCCGGAUCAAGCUGAAAUUUCGCCCAAUUAUUUCUUUUACCUGAUAAAACAAGAAUCUAUACUAAAAUAUUAGCCAAUUAGUUAGUACUUAGUUUUUGUUUUGGUAUCUAAAACAAAGGAAAUAAAUACUACUUGACAGAAGUGAUGGUACACAUUUAUUUAGUCUCCUUUAUAUUAGCUUGUCGUCUGAGUGAACUCAAACAUGAAAUAGAAACAAUAGAUAAUUAUACAAUCUUCCAUGCUCAUAAACUUUUCGCAAGCAGAGUGGUUACCGCUUUGGCUUGAGAAGCCUGAGAAAACUUUAGCCCACAAGUUCUAUUUCAAGUACUUUUUUUUUUAAAUACAUUAAAAAAAAACAUCAAUCAGAUACCCCAUUCUUUCUCCCCCUUUUUAACUGAUCCAGACAACUGAUAGAACCAUAGCGUACUGAGAAUGCUAAAAACAUGAAAUUGCGCUAUACAAAAACAAUUGGUACAAAAAUAAAAUUUUUCUCAUCUCAUAGAUUUUUUAUUGUUAGUCUAGAUUUAUUACUUAAUAUCUGAGCUGUUAAGUUCUUUUUUUGUAUUUUGCUUAUUAUAAAUUGUAAAUGUUUAUUUAACCCAUUUUAAACGCCCCCCUUCACGCUUCCACACCACAUAAACAAGUUAAGUAUAGAACUUAUGAGUUCAUAAAUAACACCAACUCCCAUCCCCGAAAACACAUUUAAUUAUCCAACAGGUCUGUGAAUAAACCCUUACAUUCACUCUGACGAUUCUGUCAGCUUAAAGAUCUGUGUGUAGAGUAAAAUACUGCUAGUCUUAUCUACACGGGUUAAAUUAUUAUUUGUGUCCAUGUCUCGUUAAAAGAAAAAAAGAUCUGUUUUACACUGUCAGUGUUGUUCUUAAAGCGAGUCUAUAAGGAAGCGAAUAUUGCAGUACUAAUAGAUAAAGCGAGUAAAAAAAAUAAAUUGGCUUAGGGAAAAAGAACGAAAAUAUUCUUUAAAAAUACAGUAAUUUUUUUUUUCCUAUUUAGGUUGUAUUUAUAAACUGCGGCUUUUUAGGUAAAUACCAAAAAUGAAAUCCAACGGUUUAAUACAAAGCUUGACGUUUCUAGCGAAUCGCAGCGUUUAGGUUGCGAAUCUGUCAAAACCGAGUCUUAGUAAGCAUUUAAGAUCUAAGAGGUAAAAGGAACCUAUGUAUUAAAUUUCAUGUGAAUACGUUUAAAAGUAUAAAGGAUCUCUUGGUAGGCACAUAAAAAAAUAAAAAGGCUUGUCUUCGAGUCCGGAAAUUAAUGAGGUAUGCAGUAUUUCCCGUGGAUGGACAGCCCCAGUUGUGACCCACAUAUCUCGCCACAUCCAUGGCAAGCGUCACCAUGUGAUAAAUGUAAAUAAUAUAUUGUAUUUAUAUUUCUGUUUUCAAAUCUGUGAUAUGACCCCCCCCCCAAUGAUGUCCCGAAGUUAAUACCUUAUGUGCUGAUUAUAUUUAGCUUUUCAUAGAUUUGCUUUUUCUGCAUUUCCUAAUGUAUUUUUCAUAUUUCAUGUGUUUUACUGCUUGUAUUUUAUACAUUAGAAAAUGUUCUAAUCUUAACAUCAUUUACAUACAUAUUAUUAUUUUUUGGUAUUUCUGAAGACUUAAAUCCAACAUUUCGUUAUUUAAAAAAUUCUAUGAGUGUAAACAUAAAAAUACGUUCUUAAUUAAGAAAGCAAGUGUUUUGUGUAUAUAUAUAUAUAAGAGUAUAAGUGUAUGUAUGUGUUAGUUUGGAAUUUUCGUGUGUGAAAUUUUUCAUAGGUAUGUGUGAUUAGCUCAAAUUUGUGUUUGUGUAUGUAUUUAUUUAAUGACUGAUGUUCAAUGUUUUAAAAAAAAUGUAUAUAAAAAAAAUUCAAAA